AUGAUCAGCGCCGAGGAUCCAGUUUUAUAAAAACCCAACAUCCGUACGUACCAUAAUCGUACUAAUCAUAUUUCUUAAAACCUCUCGGCAAAUUCAGAGCACCUCACCAUGAACGAACACAAGCAAGACAUCCUCUCGACCCUGCCACUAGAGCUCCUCCUCUAUAUCAUCGGAUUCGUCCCUUUUGAAUCCGCAAGACUUAUCCCUUUCGUCUCCACACGGUAUAGAUCCGUUUGGAAUCAAGCCUUACUCGUCGCUCACAGCCAUAACGGCUCCAUCAAAGACAUAUUUCACGCCGUCUCUAGCUUCAUCAACAACUUCGACGAACACAACCCGUCUAAAAACACACGGAAGCUAGAGCUACACGUCGACAAGUCAACCUUCGUGUCCACUAUUCUCGCACCUCAUAACGUCAUGCAUCUGAACUUCUUCUUCUCCGAUGGUUCUAAGAAAGAAGAAAGCUUUUGCUGGCGUCUCGAGACCAACGAUCAGAUUCCAAAAACUGUCAACUCAAGUGGUUUCGUGGUGAAGACGCUUUGUUUAGACUCGGUGAACUCGCUAACCCACGAGGUCGUUUCCUCCAUGGUUUUGGAUUUUUCUUUACUUGAGAAUCUCAAGAUUGGUGGUUGCAAGCGGUUAACUUCUCUCACUAUUGAUUCACCAACUAAGCUUCUUCACUUAUCGAUCUCGGGUUGUCCCAAGCUGAGAUAUCUCGAAAUCAGAGCAGUUAAGCUCAAAACCCUUCAUUACCAAGGAUUUCUACCGUUGAUCAAGAUCCAUGAACAUUUCAACUUGACCAAUGCGAUUUUCGACGUAAGACAAGGCCCAAGCCUUAACAACAAUGCUUUAGACACCGGUCCUCUCUUGCUGAUCAUCAAGAACUCUCAAUCUCUUACAUUUUGUAGAUGGAUGUUCGAGGAACUAAUGAAACCGUCCAUAUCAUCAUCUUGGAGAUCAUUCCAAUUCUACAAAUUACAAGAACUGCGGUGGAUUGAUAACUCGAUGAACCAAGAAAACAUUAAAAUCCUGAUCUCUUUUCUCAAAAUUUGCCCUUCAAUUGAACGCCUCUUUAUAACUGUCGAUUUGAAUACUUAUAGUUCAAAAGAAGUCUAUGUGGAUGCUGACUGUGGGAGCGAGCAUGCAAGAGUACUAAGGAACUUAAAGCUGGUCAAAUUGGAAUCAAAGAAUGAAGACGAUAGUAAUGACAAACUGAUAUUGGCUCUACAACAAAUGGUCAACAUCGAUCAGCCUCUGCUUGUACUGUCUUCGUUUUCCAGAGAUUGACUCUGCUUUCGAAUCGAAAAGACAUAAGAUUAUGUCUAAAGAUACACGCAUAUGUACAUGUUUUAAUUAAUCUGCUGUCAUUUUAACGCGUGGGUUCCUAUAUCUUGCUGUACAAGAAACCUUUAAACAAACUCAAGUUUGGCUUCGUUAGGAUAAAGCCGAUUAAGGCUUUUUCACCAAUAUGUAUUAUUCUAGUAUUUACUAUGAUGAAUAACUUUAAAACAACGUUAUUAUGA